AUGUCAACUUCGGUUAAUACAAUUGAAAAGGCAAAUUUAUUGAGAAAAGAAUUUUUAGAAAUCGAAAUAAAUCAUGAUGAAUUGCUAUCUAUUGAAUAGUUUUAUAGAUGCUUAGAUAAGAAAGUAUAAUUUACUAUAAAAUUUAGCUAAGAAGAUAAUUUGAUAGAGAAUUAGGAGAUCAAUUAUAUUAAAGAAUGAACAAAAGUUUUAAUAAUAAAAUAACUGUUGAUGAAUUUAUCAAAGUGUUUCUACAAGCAGAAGAAAUCUUAAAGAAUAAAAUUGAAAGUUGUAAAAAGCAGAUUUUAGAUUAUAAUAAAUAAAGAAAAUAUGUAUCAAAUUAAUUUGAUGUAUUUAUUGUAAAUAAAGAAUUAAGUCAAUAAAAGAUAGUGAAAGAGUAAAUUAAUAUGGAAUUAAAGAGGACAGUUAUUUGACAAUUGAAUUAUUAUAAGGAAUGAAUUUCCCAUAAUAAAAUGUGUCAGUAAUUUUAAAAUUGGAAAAUCAAAAAUAAGAAAUUUAAUAAAUAAAUGGUCCAUCACCAUAAUGGAAUAAAACAUUUAAUUUGUAAAUUAAUUAUAUUAUUUAUUUUAGUAAAAUUUCAACAGGCUUAGAAGAAUUAUAAUUAUUUUUUUACACAAUUAAUCAUCCAAACAUACCACAAUUAUUAGGAACUGUAACUUUAUCAUUAUCUCAUUUAACAAAUUAAACUAAAAUUGAAGAUUGUUGUUAAUUAUUUGAUAAAAAUGGAUAACAAACUUAAACUUAAAUAAAAUUAAGAUCGCAAUGGAUUUUUAAUGAUUCUAAAUCAUUAAGUAAUUAAAUUGAAGUUUGGAAUGAAUAAAUAAAAACAGCUUAAGAUGAUUUAAUUGAUUUUGAAAAAGAUCUUGCAACACUUUAUGAACCCUUUCCAAAUUAUGUUUAAUUGAUUAGAAGUAUUGAAAAAGAAGACUUAGCAAUAAAUCAUUAACCACCAAAUACUUUAGUAAUGACACCCAUAAAUAAUGUUAACACUUAAUAUGAUUACAAAUUAUAUACUCGAUUAUGUAUAUUAGUAGUAAUGGGAUUAAGUGUAUUUAUUUGUUUUGGGAAAAGUCAGUUUCUAGAUGUAAAUUUAUAUAUUUAAAUCUAAAUUAGUUGAUAUUAUGUUUUUUAUUCAUUAUUGAAUUUGAAUUCAAUAGACUUUAUAAAUAACGUUUGAUAUAUUAUUCAGUAGCUGUUGGAAUUUCAUUAUUGUGUGAUUUGAUAUGGGCAAUCAAAUAUUCCUAAGGAUUUUGGGGAAAUGAUGCAACUGAAAUUGAUAAGUAUUAUGCAAUAGAAAAAGGACCUAAUAGAUUAGCCUUAAUUUUACUUUAUGUUUCUUUUAUUUUUAAAGUAAAUCUUAAAUUUUUAUGUAGUUAAUUUUAUGUGCACUUUUAGGAGCAUUAAGUCAAGAAAUGCCAGAAAAAUUGGAAGAACAAUUGCCAAAUAGAAAUAAAUAAAUCAAAUAAUAAUUAUUGUAUUAAAAAAAUAAGACUGCAUAAUUUGGAGAAGAUAAUAGCACAUUUUAUAAUUAUUGA